CUUUGUAGGUAAUUCAAUCGUGAGUCACCCUCAUACACCGGGCGCGCGGUGACACUUGCAAUGUAAACGGUAUUUUUUGUCGAUGUGAAAUACAAAGUUGUGAUUAGUAUAAUUAUUGUGGUUAUCUUUAACUAUAAAUUGUGGAUAUUAGUGGAAUUUUGGUUUGUUGUUUCUGAUAGUGAUAUUCUGGCGUUGUUUAACCACUAUUCACGAGUUUUUGCUGGAGUUCAGUGCCGGUUCCCAGUCAAAACAGUUUUGAUUUAUAGCUUUUCGACAAAUGUAUAUUUUUCGGAAAUAACCUUCCCAAUUGUUACUCACUGCCAUGCCAGCUCGGCUGCUGAGUGCGCGCGGGCCGGGAGGUGGGGAGACGAGCGCCGGGGAUAUAACAUUCGAAUCAGUCGGCAAAGCUGCCAUCAUCGCUAUCAUAGGCUUUGCCAUCAUCAUCUCGAAUCUCCUCAUCAUCGCCGCAUUCUUAAACUUUAAAGGUUUAUCGCACGAGGUGAUCAACUAUUACUUGCUAUCGUUGGCGGUGGCGGAUCUGCUAUGCGGGCUGCUGAUAGUUCCACUGUCAGUGUACCCAGCAGUUACCGGCCAGUGGGUAUUCGGCGACCUUAUGUGCCGUCUCGUUGGCUACAUAGAAGUAACUCUGUGGUGUGUCUCAGUAUACACCUUCAUGUGGAUCUCAGUCGACCGGUACUUGGCGGUCAGGAAACCUCUCCGAUAUGAGACGGUUAGUUCGACGAUACAAACAAGAACGCGAUGUCAAUGUUGGAUGGUGUUCACCUGGAUAUCCGCUGCAUUGCUCUGCUGCCCUCCACUACUCGGAUACAAGAAAGACGCGACCUUCGAUAAGAAAACUUUGAUUUGCAUGCUGGAUUGGGGUACAACGUAUGCUUAUACCGCGACCUUAGCUAUUCUCGUUCUCGGGCCAAGCGUUAUCUCUAUCGUGUACAACUAUUUCUAUAUAUUCUCGAUAAGAAGAAGAUUGCAUAGCGGUGUACCGAUCCACGACAAAGAAUAUGCGACAGCUCUAGCUGAGAACCUGUCCAACCCAAGCCAUUCUAUGAGCUUUAUUCUGGUUACCACGUUCUGGCUUAGCUGGAUCCCGUAUGCGGGAGUGCGCACAUAUGAAUAUUUCAAUGGCCAAGAGUUAAACAUUCCCCUGUUGCAUUUCGGUGUCGUUUGGUUGGGUAUAUUUAACUCGUUCUGGAAGAUACUGAUCCUUGUGUCUCUAAGCCCCCAAUUUCGUCUUGCUCUGAGAAUACUUUGUCUCACUGCUUGUUGCCGUUCAAAAGGGCGACUUCAAGCUGAACUGGUUGGCAUGGACAAUGACGAUUAAUUAACGAAGCUAAGAUUAUUAAGUGUUACAUAAAUUAAUAUUUCAAUAAUUCUAUUGUUGAUUAUUAAUUUAUGUAAUACAGAGAAACACUAUUUUACUAGUAUGUAUCUAUUUAUUAAAUUUUCGAAUGAGGGUUUAGGACUACGUGUUAAAUGUAUUUUUGGAAAAAAUAUUGAUAUCAAUUAUACGAAUGUAACGCGUAGUAAACGUUUGGUGCUAACCAAAUCAAGAUCUUUUGGAAGGAAUCUAAUAAAGCUAUUCCUAUAUCUGUUAUGUUAGUUUAUUAUUUAUAAAAAAACAACAACAAUCACUAUGAAAGUCUUUCCUACAAUUUAUAUGUAGUACUUAUAAAAGAGAGUUUAUUUACAUUCGUUUCUUGUUUCUUUAAAGAUAAACUCUAUAACGUGUACCAUUGUUUCUAAAUUAUAUAUACUAAAUAAUAAUUUAUAUAUACAUAAACGCUAAAAAUUACUUCGAUUUACAUGACUGUGCUAAUUUACCAACAACAUGAUUAUAUUGAUUGCUGUAUUAAUCAGAUGUACGGUGAAUAACUUAAUUGAUUUUUAAUAUAUUAUUAUUAUAGAUAUAAUUUUUUGAUGUAUAAGAUAUCUUUAAAUAAUUUUGGAUUGAAAGUCAAUUGUUAUUUAGUACGCUUAUUAUGUUUCUUUCCAAUAAUUCCUAUUAGUACAGGAUUUGGCUAAGAAACGACCUUCACCUAUCUUUUUAAUCUAUGAUAUCAAAUUCAGUAAGGUAAAAAAUAUAUUGUAAGCUGAAAAAACUUGUGGACAAACUAUUAUCAAGUAAUAUUAAUAACUUUCGGACGCCGUCCGCCUUAGACUUGCUUCUGGAUCCGGCCCUGUCGCAAAAUCCGUUCUUAGCGGACAUCUACUAACUAUAAAUGAAAUAAAUUACCAAAUUUCAUAUUUCUACGUGUACUUUCGUUUAUUUAUUUAGAUUUGGUGGACUUUUAUUUAUACAGACAUGUGAAUGUUGUUUCUAAUUCGACAAUUACCUUUAUAAUAAAAGUAAUGUUUUGAUAAUAGGCUAAUUUUUCAAUGGAUAAUAUUUAGCGCACAUUACCGAAUGCAUAACAGUUUUUGAUGUAACUCGUAUAGUUUUAAAUGUAACUCGUUUAAACCGCUACUGCAACCGCAAUGCAAAAACAAUUCCAAAAUGUUUCUUAUGUAUUGUGCAUAAGAAACAUUUCAAAAUUGUUUCGAAAUACAGCAACUAAACUAUUUUUGUAGGCUAAUGAUAAUAUUUUGAUGGUAGUGAAAUUGUUAUGUAAAUGUUUAUUGUAAGCUUUUCUUUAUAAACUAAUAAUAAUAAUACUACAUAAUACUUGCCACGCUUUGCUUUACAGAUCUGGUUAAGGUGUGCCAAAAUUUAAUUUUUCGUAUAUAUUUAGAACCUUUUUUGUAUGUAUUUUGGGACUGCGGUGAUGUACUUAUUUAUAUCUAAAAGACAAGAGUUGUUUCGUAAUCAAAUUAAAGGUACUUAUAUCCAAAUUUUUAAAGCAAGCCAAACAGAAAUAUUUUUUAGAUAUAAACAGGCAGAUGAUAACUAGAAAAAUCGUUUUAAAAGGUCUAAAAUUUCUAAAUAGGCAGACCGCGAGAAUUCUUACACUGUAAUUUAUAGACGUUGCACGGGCACCCUGAGUGUCGUACUCUCAAACGCAUAGACUUUUAAUUCGACACUCAGCGGGUUGAACGAUCCCCUGGGGGCGCCCCCACAACGUCUAUGAAAUCCACUGUAACUAGAACACCAUUGUGUAUAGAUACACCUCCGUUACAGUUUUAUGUAGCAAUUAGAGUAAAACUAGAAUUACAAUAUAUUCAAAUAAAAUAUCGAUGUUUACUGUCACUGCUGUAGUAGUUCAGUCUUGUAGAGGCAUUUACUGUUGCUAUAUACUUACAUAUACUUCGAAUUUAUAAGCCAACUAUUUACUGCCGUUUCCUGUGUUGAAUUCUUAAUGAAUGUACUACAUAAUCAAAUUGUCUGAAUUGUCAGUAAGUUUUUUCUAAAUGUUUUAAAUUCAAUAGAUUGUAAUGUUUUUGGUGUUUAUAUUAUAAUACAGUAAAUAGAGAUUUAUGUGGCUUUAAACAUCACAUUAUACGUAACUCGCUAUCCAUUUAAAAGCACGAUAAUAAGUAAAAUAAAUAAGUGGUUAGAACACAUAUUUACAUUUUAAAUUUCUGUGAACAUACAAGUUCGUAUGUGAAGUGGGCGAUGGAACGAGCUAUGUUAGGAGUAUCUCUGCGUGAUCGAUUCAGAAAUGAGGAGAUCCGCAGAAGGACCAAAGUCACUGACAUAGCUCAACGCGUUGCGAAGCUGAAUUGGCAAUAGGCGGGGCACAUAGUUCAAAGAGUGGAUAAACGUUGAGGUCCCAAAGUGCAAGGAGGUGGACUAACGACAUCUAGCGAGUCGCAGGGAUUCACUGAAUGUAGGCGGCUCAGGAUCGUGAUGUUUGGAAGCCUGGUUAGCACUUAAGCGAAAUUGAGAUACUAUAUAACAAAUGUCAUUCAGUACUGACAACAUUUCAUUUGAAGUUAUUAUAAAAUUGUUAAUAAGCAAGAUUUGACUCAGUAGUACGACAGUAAAGGGACCAACAUCAUCAUCAUGGAGAGGAUCAUGAUGGAGAGGCAUUCUCGCCCCACGUGCCGACGUAUACAAUUAUACAUUUGCACUACGUUUCAACGAUUUCGGGAGCAGUUUUAACUGCGAGCUCCUCGGCGGGCUCUCAGAAUCACCCGGAAUUUAUUCCAAAUUAUACAUAAUUUUUUUUUUAAUAUUUACGCGAAGCUUUUUUGAAAAAAAAAUACUGAUUUGUAGAAACAAGUAAGAAUAAAUAAAAUAUAAUAAAAUGGAAAUGAGAUAACGGUUACGUAUAUUGAUACGCAAUUUAUAAUCUUGAAGGUAAAUGUUUCAAUGUAUACCUAUUACCUAGCUAAGAGUUGUAUGUAACUAUACAUCUUUACAUUGUAUUGUAUAAAUUAUACUCGUUAUUUAUAAUGUAGUGCUAUUUCGUAUAAAAAAUAAAAUGAAAAAACUUUGCGAAAAAAAUCUUUUAUGAUAUUUUUUUAUAUUUCCGUCAAAAUUAUGUAGAUUGAAAUUUUGUAAAAAAAAAUAUUUUUAAGUAAUUAUUACAUACUUUAUUAUAUCGAUGUGGAUAAUCUCUACAACAUCGAGAGGAAUAUAAUAGCAUAACGUCAAAUUCACAAUUUCUGUAUUAUCAAUGUUGCUUGACGUCAUAAUUGUAGUAGUAUUAGAUCGGGAGUCUGCGAUAGCCUCAUUUUAUGCCAUCACAAGCUCCCAGUCUAUGCAUGAUGUAAUUGAUGUGAACAUUUAUUAUAGUAAAUGUACUUCGUGAGUUAUUAAGUUUCACGAAGGUUCUAUCCCCCGAGCUAGGAUCAGGUUUUUGGAUGAAUACCUUCUAAACCUAUAUUGUUUAACUUCAGUUCAAAAAUACACAUAUACAUUUACCAUCUACAUCUA